AUGUCUGGACCAAGUGGUAAAGAAUCUCCACACUAUGAUGAAAAUAUCCCUCCCAAGCUCUGCGAAUUCUGCCAAGAUACCAUAGACCAUUGUCCCGAAAUUGGCGGCUACCUUGAGAAACUGAAGUUCAAACACUACCCCACUAGCCAUGCCCUGGCAGCUUCAGCCACUGCGGGUUGCAUCUUGUGUAUCCAUCUCAUCCAGAGUGAGCGAGAUGGGGAUGAAUGGGACGACACCACAGAAUUACAAGCUGGCACAGCGAUUCUAGAAACAACCCGCGGUGCAAGACCAUCUGGUGACGAUGAUUUUGGUGAUAGUCGCAUCAUUUUGAGCAUCCUGCGACCUGGAAAACAUGCCAUCAUCAGCAUGCUCCCUACUCUCCUCUCUCCGGCAAUCCACAAUCAUCCACCGCUCAAAAUUGCCAGCACGGAAUCCAACUUGCCACUCAACAUUGCCGAGGUUCAAGAGAGCGUUCCCGUCCAAGCUCUCACCAAGACGUUCCAAGAUGCGAUACGUAUCACGUCGUACCUUGGACUGGAAGAUCUCUGGAUUGACUCCUUAUGUAUCAUCCAAGAUGAUAUUAAUGACUGGAAUCGGCAGUUGUCCUUGAUGAGUGACGUCUAUGGUGGCUCAACGAUAAAUAUCGCUGCUUCCAGCGCUCCAGAUCGCAGUUAUGGUUGCACUUCGACCGACAUAUAUUUUGGGGGCAUCCUAUUCAAAGCCAGUACUAUGGUCGUCAAUUACCAGCUCGCAAUUACCAAUGUAUUCCUGAUGACUUUGAAGAAUAUCUCCUAG